AUGGCCACUCUAAGGGUACAUGGUUUUGUCCAAAUAUGGAGCAGGAAGAUGGGGAUGUCUAGGUCCCAAGAAGCAUACAUUGAAACAGUAGAAAGAAAGAAGAGGAUCAAAUUGGUGGUGUGUUUCACCACCGGAGAAUCUGUAACUUUUCAACUAAAUAAUAUUAAAAAUGUGGUCUUUAGAUCAUAUGGAGAAAAGCAAAAUCACCUGCGUUUAAUUUUCCAAAACAGUAGCUUCUUGUUUAUGGAAAGAUUAUAUUUCAGAGAUGCUGUACAGUUGAAGAUGUUCCUGGAUAGAGUCCAUCAAAAUAAUACUCAGUCAUCUGUGAGACCUGCAAAGGAUGGAAAUAUCUUUGCCAGCAAGACAACACCAAAGGAAAUCAACAAAAACUCAUUCCACAAAGCAGGCAAGAAGCCAAGUAGUAGAUCUUUUCAGAUAGGAGAAGGAACUCGAACACCUGACCAUCAGAAGAGGGCUUUAUCUGCAUCAAAGUCAUCAAAACUUCAUUGCAAAGAUUUAUUAGAGAAUGGAUACGGGAAGAGGAAAAGGAUGGUAUCAUCUGGUUCAGAGAUGACUGGGGAAACCCCCAAAAAGAGUAAUUCUGUAGGAAAGAUGAAAUCCCAGACAAAUCCCUUGAGUCAUGUGAGCCAUGAUGAGAAGAAAAAAUUGAGAUUAAGAGUGUUAAAAAAGAAAAAGAAAUUAGAGUUUGAGGCCUUAAUAAAGACCACGUCUCCUGGAAAGCCUCACUUGGAUGGCACAGGUCUUCUUCAGAUGCUGACUGAGAAACUAUAUUUGGCAUUUCUGUUGGCACCAAAGUAUAGUGCAGAUGACCCAGAGUGGGACAAACUCAAGAUGACUUUUGAUUUCUACCCAGAGAAAUUAUGGCAAGGCCUCCCCAACUUGGGAAACACCUGUUACAUGAAUGCAGUUUUACAGUCCUUAUUUUCGAUUCCAUCAUUUGCUGAUGAUUUACUCAGUCAGGAUUUCCCAUGGGGUAAAAUUCCCCUUGGGGCUCUUAGCAUGUGCUUAGCACAGCUGUUUGUUUUGAAAAAUAUUUAUAACAUAAAAAUCAAGGAGAGGUUACUUGUGAAUAUUAAAAAAGCCAUUUCAACAGUUGCAGAGAUCUUCUCUGGCAACAUACAAAAUGAUGCCCAUGAGUUUUUAGGCCACUGUUUGGAUCAGAUGAAAGAGAACAUGGGGAAAUUAAACACAAUUCGGAAGAUGAAAAUUGAAUCCAAGGAGGACAACGCCGCUCAACAGGUCUUUGCUGACAAUGCUGCCACCAGAGUGCUCAUUUGUCCCGUCAUCACUAAUUUUGAGUUUGAGUUGCUGCGCUCUAUUAUUUGUCAGGCUUGUGGUCAGGUUGUUCUCAAGACAGAAGUGAGUAAUUAUCUCUCCAUCAACCUUCCCCAGGGAAUGAAAGCGCUCCCUUUGUCUAUUCAGUCUGCUUUUGAUCUCUUCUUCGGAGCAGAAGAACUUGAGUAUAAAUGUGAGAAAUGUCAGCACAGGAGUUCUGUCGCAGUGCACAAGUUCAGUAGGCUCCCCAGGGUUCUCAUUGUUCAUCUGAAACGUUAUAUCUAUAACGAGUUUUGGUCGCUGAGGAAGGAUGACCAGGAAGUUGUUAUUUCUAAGUAUUUAAAGUUAUCAUCUCACUGCAAUGAAAGUACCAAACCACCUCUUCCUGUGAGCAAGAACGUAGAUAAUAGGGACAUCCAAGUCCUAAAAGUCUUUCAGAAGUUGAGUGCUGAAAGACUCCAAACAUCAGCACUUUCCCAAAAGUUGACCUCAGCAUCCAGGGUUCACCCGGUUCCACAUGUUGGGCCAGACAAAGAGUCUAAACCACAAAAAUCCCAGAUUCUCUAUGAAGGGUCACACAGAGAACAGCAGAAAAAAGACCUGGGAAAAUGUUCCAGACUGAAUGGGACAGAUUCCAAAUUGGUGAACUUAGGAGAUGGAAUAGUCAUUGAAAAAGAGGUAUUAGCCUCUGGCUUAAUGAUGGAUCUGGAACAAGUGUCCUCUUAUCUGAUCUGUGACGAUGAAAGUAAACCCCGCAGUGGUCCAGAAACACACCUUGCAGGCGUUCAUCUUCAAGAAGCGUCUGAAAAUCGAAAGCGAAAGAAAUACAAUAAAACUAAUACAUUGGUAGAUUUUGAGAGUGUUGCUGACACCGUUGAAGAUUUUUAUGAUGGUAAAAAAAACAGAAUUUCAAAGGAAUCCCAAAAAGUGGCUGAACAGACCAAGCAGCAAGAAAGGGUGAGGCUCUAUGAACAAGCCCUUCAGCAGGCACUGCUUCAAGCCCUUUUGAAGCCACAUGUCCAGUGGUACACACAGAACCUCAGGCGACACACAAACUUAAGUCUCCAGGGGGCCAAUGUGAAUUCCCUAGGUAAAUCGAGUUCUAAUAAAAGCCCUGGAAAGAAACAAGCCUUGGAUACGAAGACAGAAACGGAAGCCAAGACACCAAAAGGAAGUGCCGAGAUGGGAGAUCUCUAUGCCUAUCGGCUCAUUGGUGUUGUCAGCCAUCUUGGGAAGUCCCCAAAUUCAGGCCAUUAUAUCAGCGAUGCCUAUGACUUUGAGAGGCAAGUAUGGUUCACUUACAAUGAUCUCCAGGUAUCAAGUAUCCAAGAAUCUCUGAUGCAGGAGGCUAGGCUUUGCACCGGGUACAUCUUCUUUUACAUGCACAAUGAGAUCUUUGAAGAGCUGUUGAAAAGGGAAAAGAACUCCCAGUCUUGUAGUGCAGAGACAAGGGAGACCCCUCAGGAGAAAUAA